AAACGAUUCACAGUGCGUAAUUACGCACAGGGACGGAAGAUCCGCGGUGUUGCUCGCCGUGGAAACCCGCGGACAAAGGCAGGCUGGAGUACAACAACUGACUUGAGAGGAGAGGAGUACUGUUGUAGGGGAAACGGGGGGGGAUCUGGAGUCGGAAGUGAUUUGUCUGUUUUUUUCCAGAAAUGUAACUUGCGUACUGGAUUUUGUGGAAGAAGCGAAUCAGUUUGGAAUAACCAGGAGAAAAGGACAAAAAGUGGAGCGGUGAGUGGAAUCAGACCCCAAACCAGCAUCCAGAUCCACGGAGCAUGGGAGGAGUUGCCUGCGAGCUGUAAAAUGUUCCCGCUACAUCGAGAGAGGGAGCAGCCCAUCUUCAGCGCCAGAGCUCAUGUCUUCCAGAUUGACCCGGCCACCAAACGCAACUGGCUGCCAGCCAGCAAACACGCCGUCACCGUGUCCUUCUUCUACGAUGCAAGCCGCAGUGUCUACCGCAUCAUCAGUGUGGGUGGCACAAAGGCCAUCAUUAACAGCACCAUCACCCCCAACAUGACCUUCACCAAAACAUCCCAGAAGUUUGGCCAGUGGGCAGACAGCCGGGCCAACACCGUCUAUGGCCUGGGAUUCUCUACAGAGCAGCAGCUGCAGCAGUUUGCAGAGCAGUUUAAGGAGGUGAAGGAGGCGGCCCGUCUAGCCAGAGAGAAAUCUCAGGAGAGGUUUGAACUGGCCAACCCUGCUCUCAACAUUGCAGCUCCAGAGCUCUCCCAGGACUUGUCAGAGGAGCGCCAUUCUCCACCGCUGCUCACAGUCAACGGGCCGGCCGAGGAAAAGCUGUUUCGCAGCAAGAGUGCCGAAGUGGAGCUCACGGUAGAGAAGGAGAGGGUCAAAAAGAUGUUGUCUGAAGGGUCCAUGUGUGAGAUAAACCUGGAGGCUGAGCUCUUUACCCUGCAGGACAGUAACGCCAAGCUGGUGGAAGCACUGCAGGAAGCCAACAGCAGCGUGGAGCAGUGGAAGAAACAGCUUGCUGAAUACCAGGAAGAGACAGAUCGCCUCAGAGACCAGGAUGUGGAGAGACGAAACACAGAGUUGGAGAAUCAGGUUCAGAGUGCUGAAAAGACGCUGGCCUCCAGCCGGGAGGAGCAGGAGCAGGCGGAGGUCGAGGUCCGACGCAUCAUCGAGGUUCUAGACGUCAAAAUCUGCGACCUGAACGACCUGAGACAGAGCCUGUCCAAACUCAUUGACAAAUAGCCACAGCAGCAGUUGGGCUGCAUCUCCACAGUCAGCACUGGUUCCACCCAUGUUGCCUUGAUUUGUGUUUUACUGAUGCAUCAGCAGAGCAAAAAUCAAAGCAAUAUGGGGGAAAACGCACAGAUGUUUACCUUCAUGGAUCUGUUUUUUUUUUUUAAAGAUCAGUGGCGGUAAAC